UGGAUUUAUUAUUAGUACUUGAUUGCAUUCGCACGUGUAAACUGCAUUGUUCCUUUACUUGCAAUUAACAGUAUUACUCUUUUUGAGAUAUAUUUAAUAAAGCUCUUAUAUGGAAUGUUUUCGAAAAGGAAAAUAAAUGCCGACGACUGUUUAUAUACGGCUAAUAAUCAAAUAUUUGAUAAUGAUAGUGAAUAUAAUUAUAUAUUAUAUCCUAAAAGGAAACUUCUCAAACGAUCGAUUAUUGAAGAUAAUAACGAAGAUGAAGAAGAUAUUAGCCAUCAAUCGGAAGAAUGGAUUUGGAAAAUGACAAAUAAUUAUCCGAAGAUCUGGAAAUAUAGACAGAUUCGUGGAAUGAAAAAACAGUUAGAUAAAAAUUGUACAUUCUUAAUCGGUAAAGAAUACGGUCAGCCAGGCUACGGAGGGUACGGAGGUUAUCCCGUAUCUAUAUACGGACCAGGAUAUCGUGGUACGAAUUUAACACCAGGAUAUAGGGGAUAUCCAAUCGGUAAUCCUGGGGGUGUUAUUGGAGGUGGACAUACUGGAUAUGGAUAUUACGGGAACAGAUAUAAUCCUUAUUAUAAUUAUGGUGCUUUCGGUGGUUCCGGUGGUUACAGUGGAUACGGGAACAUUGGUGGAUAUGGUACCUUAGGAGUUGGAGGUUACGAUGAUCCUUAUCUUGGAUAUGGUGGUUAUAGUGGUUAUGGCCGUUACGAUGGUCAAGGACUCGAUGGAUAUGGAAAUUACGGUUCCGGUGGUUACGGUGGAACUUAUGGUUCUACGUAUGGGAUUAAAAACAAUUAUGAUCCUUAUGGUUACCGUAGUAGUAGUAGUAGUAGUAACAGUUAUGGUAAUUAUGCCGGCUAUCCCUCCGGAUAUAGGGGUUAUUCCUAAAAGUUUAUGAAUUUGAUAUAUAUGUAUAAUGCUAAUACAUAAAAUCAGUAGUCGUUUUUUUUUGUACGUACCUUGUAACAACAUAAUAAUAUUAAA